GUCGGCCUUAACGACUGGCCUGCUUCCCUUCUCCCUCAGGGUCCAAGUGUCACUGAGGCGCUGGCAGGACCGAUGCGGGACCACUUACGCUACCUGGUACUGCGUGAUCUUCACUUCUUACAACCCUGGUACCAUGACUGCAUUCGGCGUCGUGAAAGCGAACGUCGUCUCGAGGAAAACAGUGGUGGCAAUGGCAGUUUCUUCUCACACCUUCCUUCUGCUAAACAGCAAAUGCUUCUCUGUCAAGGUCCUAUCUAAAUGGGUUAGCUGGAUAGAUGUCGUGAUUCGUCUUCGUCAAGGUGGUAUUCAGCAAAUUGGCUCUAGACACCAAACCAAAUGA